AUGAAAUUCCCUACUCCCACUGGAGUAGGCUCUGUGCGAGGAGUCCAGUCAGAUUCGCGAGAAUGCUACAAUGCAGCAGUCAAGCUCGCAGAGAAGAAGUCAGUAAAUGUCAUCUAUCUGUUAGAGGCACCGCCUCCUCGCCAGGAGGUCCUUAGGAUUGAAGAAGUGCCGCACAAAGAUGGACCAGAUUUGGAUUCGAGGAUCCUCGAUUAUGCCGCAACCGCUGAAGCCGCGGAAGACAAUAUUGAGGUACCUAUGAAUCCCGUAGAUAAUAGUAAAGUUUUGAAAAUUGGCUCUAAAUUGACUUUUCAGCAGCGAGAAAGACUAACGACCUUUCUCAAACAAAAUCUUGAUGUUUCGCUUGGAAACAUUCAAAUAUGGUCGGAAUAUCUCCGCAGCGUUCACUCUAGUAAUGUCGUCAAGAAAGUUGCGACCUUAAUUCCAGGCCAACAGCAUCGAAGUUUUAACAAACUACCCUUUGAGGGGCAAGCCUUGGCAGAUUUCAUUCUCGAGUUCCCAAGUACUGAAGUGGCACUCAUAAACGAAGAAAUCAACACCGCUAUAGCAAAAGGAGAAGGAUGGACAUUGUACGUCGAUGGAGCUUCUAAUAGCGAAGGUUCCGGCAGCGGAAUCCUACUAAUCAGUCCCAACAAUUUUAAGGUACACGUUGCUUUAUGUUUUGAGUUUUCCGCAUCUAACAAUGAAGCCAAGUAUGAGGCUUUAAUUUCUGGAUUGAGGCUCGCUCUCGAGAUGAGAAUCGAGUACUUGCAGGCUUUCAUCGAUUCCCAAAUCGUCGUGUGCCAGGUGAAUGGAGAAUAUCUGGCCAGAGGCGGGCGAUUGGUUAAGUAUCUCGCCUUAGUAUGCGAGCUGAUGCAGAAAUUCAAGAGAGUAGUCUUGUCCCGAGUACCACGUGCUCAUAACUCACACGCAGACGCAUUUGCCCGAUUGGCCUCGACUAGAGAAGUUGAAUUACUCGAUGUAAUUCCUGUUGACGUAUUGGCUCACCCAACGAUAAAUCGAGAAGAGAUAAUGGAGAUAGAUACCGCCCAAGAGGUCACCUGGAUGACUCUGAUAAUCGCAUAUCUGGAGAAUGGUAUCUUGCCUGGGGACAAAAUGGAAGCAAGGAAGCUGCGGCAGCGGGCUGCCCGAUAUGCCAUCUAUGAUGGAAGAUUAUAUCGCAGAAGCUUUAGUCAGCUGCUGCUCAAAUGUAUCGACGGGGAAAGCUGCGACUACAUACUCCGUCAGGUGAACGAGAGUAUUUGUGGGAAUCAUACUGGUGGUAAUUCCCUUGCCCUAAAAAUUAUGCGACAGGGGUAUUACUGUCCUACCUUGCGACAAGAUGCUUUCACUUUCGCAAAGAAAUGCGACAAAUGUCAGCGGAUAACCACAUAUACCCAUCAACCUCCGAGCCACUUGCAUUCCAUCACAAGCCCUUCGCCCUUUGCAGUAUGGGGCAUCAACUUGAUAGGUGAAUUACCUAAAGGAAAAGGCAGAGUCAAGUAUCCUGUAGUCGCGGUCGAAUACUUCACAAAAUUGGUUGAGGCCAAAGCACUAGCAACCAUUACAACGACUAAGUUGCGCAAGUGUGUCUAUAACUCCAUAAUAUGUCGAUUUGGCAUCCCUUACAAGCUCAUUUCAGAUAUUGGAAAGCAGAUUGAUUGUAAGGAGGUGCGGCACUUAUGCGAUGACUUGGGAAUUAAAAAAGCAUUCUCAGCAGUCGCCUAUCCGCAGAGCAACGGACAAACCGAAGCGGUCAACAAGAUAAUAAAGCACACCAUCAAAGGAAAACUCGAAGAACGUAAGGGGGAAAGGUUGGUGACGCAACGUACUGACUCGCAGAACUCGAUGGUACUGCGAUUCGAAGGGCCUGGAAUGGCGAGAGCUUAA